CCACAGCCCCACACAAUCCAUACAGAGCCAAAGAUAGAUGCAUAGAAUCUGGUGCUGCAGAACGGUCUUAUUUUUGGCCCCUCCCCACUAAAACAAAGCCCCCUCAACGCCAGAAAGCCUGAGACCUCACCCAUAUUAUAUAUUUCUUUAUGUCCCUUUAGAAUCAUUUCUUCCAAUUCACCAAAGACUCCAGGCAAAACUAUUCCAUACAGUCCUCUUAGCAUCCCUCUUUCUCUCUCUCAUGUAAAGGAGCUGUUUUUGGAGGUUUUGGUUCAUGAAGGAGCCACCUUGGAGGUUUUGGUUCAUCAUGGCAACAUAAGCACUCCUUUCUUGGUGCGGAAAUUUCCUCUGAACACCGUUCUUGAUCAUUUUCAUCUGCUAUCCCGGGCUGUUUUGUGAUAUCAAAAUCGCCACUUUCCGACAUGGUUUUGCUUAAAUUUGUCGCCUUUGGCGUUGCCCAUCUCUUACUCCUGGUCGGUACUUCAGCUCUGUCCUUUUCUAGGUUUUCUGGGUUCAGUGUUUCACUUGAUAUGAGUUUUCUUGGAGUGGAUGAAGAUGUAGAGGUGGCUGUGAGAAACUUUUGUUGAGUUAUUGGAUCUUGGAUUUAUGUUAUGAGUGAGAGGGGAGCAGUAGGAUGGGGCGAUGGCGAGAGACUCUUCGCCCAUGGGUUCUCCGAGUGAUAGUUGUUCUUCUGGCCGUCCAUGGAUCUAAAGGUCCAAUUUCAAAUUUUGUACAGCAACUAUCAAAAUCAUCAAAUGUACAUCCAUGGGCUCGCAGAACACUGCUUUCAGCAACAUCUGGGCCUCCACCCAAUGGCAUGGAUUUGAAGCUUCAGCCCUCAGGCAUUCUGGCUCCAUCCAUUCUUCCACCACUUGAACCACUAAGUACAGGGAAUGGAUAUGGCAUGCCUACUGGUGCACCACCAAAGGAAUUGUCCGGUCACGCAACACAAGCAAAUUAUUCUCAUCCUGAAGGGCCUGUUGUUUCUCCAACAUCAGGUACUUCUACCAUUCAUGGGCAUGGAUACAGCAUCCCAGUUGCUGCACCCCUGGAUGAGUCAUCUAGCCAUUUAUCCCCUGUAAAUCAUUCACAUUCAAAAGGGCCUGCUGUUUCUCCUACAUCAGUCACUUCUCCUGCCAACCAUGGGAAUAGGUAUGGCAUGCCAGUUGCUGCACCACCAACAGAAUCAUCCAGCAACUUAUCCCCUGUAAAUUAUUCACAUCCGAAAGGGCCUGCCAUUUCUCCGACAUCAAUCACUUCUCCUGCCAACCAUGGGAAUAGGUAUGGCGUGCCAGUGGCUGCAUCGCCAACAGAAUCAUCCGGCCAUUUAUCCCCUGUAAAUUAUUCACAUCCAACAGGGCCUGCUGUUUCUCCGACAUUAAUCACUUCUCCUGCCAACCAUGGGAACAGUUAUGGCAUGCCUGUUGCUGCACCACCAAAAGAAUCAUCCAGCAAUUUAUCCCCUAUAAAUCAUUCACUCCCAAAAGGACCUGCUUUUUCUCCAGCACCCGCCACUUCUCCUGUCACCCAUGGGAGGUAUGGCAUGCCUAUUGCUCCACCACCAAGGCAUAUAUCCAGCCCUUUAUCCCCCAAAAAUUAUUCACACAGAAAAGGCUCUUUUCCUGUCAUAAGCCCGGCUCCACAUGAGGCUGAUGUACCAUCAAAUACGGUACAUGCUCCUUCCAAUUCACAUCCCCAACCUCCAAUGGCAAGGAUGCUUCACGGCUUUGCACCAGUACCCGUAGCUUCAUUUCACCAGCCGAAAGCUAGGAAAAGAACUGGAAACCCUGCAUCUGCUCCUUCUCCAGAAUCCCACAAUCCAGCUCCUUCACAUCCUCCAGCAGUACUUCCAAAGCAUAGUAGAGAGCAUCAUGCUCUACCGCCUUAUAUUCAAGGUCCUUCAAUUUCCCAAGCUCCAUUUUACUCAGUAGAUAGUGAAGGAACCCCUACACCUUCCCCAUCUAUAAGAUUCCCCUCUACCCAAAAUACACGACCUGUUCAAUCUCCUGUGCUGUCUCCUUCUGGGUCUGCUUCAGGAAAGCCAAGGGCAUCACAACUUCAACCUGUCCAUUCUUUACCACCUCCACCACCUAAUCUAGACUGUACUAUGCCAUUAUCUUGCACAGAGCCUUUAACAAAUAGCCCUCCAGGAUCACCAUGUGCUUGUGUGAUGCCGAUAAGAGUUGGACUUCGUCUGAGCAUUGCACUAUACACAUUCUUUCCUUUAGUCUCUGAGCUUGCCCAAGAAAUUGCAUAUGGGCUUUUCAUGAAACAAAGUCAGGUCCGCAUCAUGGGAGCAAAUGCUGCUAGUGAGGAUUCUGACAAAACUAUAGUACUCAUUGAUCUGGUGCCACUUGGAGGCAAAUUCAACAGUGCUACAGGAUUUUUAGUCUAUGAGAAGUUCUGGCACAAGCAGGUUUUCAUAAAUCCCUCAUUUUUUGGGGAUUAUGAUGUAUUAUAUGUUCUCUUUCCAGGACUUCCUCCAUCACCACCUAUGGCACCUGGAAAUGUUAAUGUCGAUAAUGAGGCAUAUGGCAGUGACAAUAACUCUAGGACAAUCCAUCCUCUUGGGGUUGAUGUGAGAAAGCAAAAAGAAAAACAAAGUGGCACUGUAAUAGCUAUCAUUGUUCUUUCAGCUGUUAUAGCAUUGGCAUUAGGUGUUGGAGCUGCAUGGCUUUUCUUGUUGAAACAUAGAGAAAUUUCUCAUUUGCCAAAACCAACCUCACAGAUAUCACCAGCUUCAUUUGCAAAGGCAUCAGUUGCAGGAAGUGGACAUACGAUAUCUGGAAGUAGGCCAACUUCUGCCUCAACAUCCUUCAACUCUAGCAUUGCAACAUGUACAGGAUCAGCAAAAUCAUUCAGCCUAGCCGAGGUGGAAAGAGCUACGAACAAAUUUGAUGAUUCAAGAAUUAUUGGUGAAGGUGGUUUUGGACGUGUCUACGAAGGCACUCUUGAGGAUGGAAGAAGGGUGGCCAUUAAGGUGCUCAAGAGAGAUGAUCAGCAGGGUAGCCGAGAAUUCUUGGCCGAGGUUGAGAUGCUGAGCCGCUUGCAUCACAGAAACUUGGUAAAGUUGAUUGGUAUAUGCACAGAGGAGCAUUUCCGCUGUCUGGUCUAUGAACUCAUUCCAAAUGGUAGUGUGGAAUCUCAUCUACAUGGAGUGGAUAAGGAUAGUGCUUCACUUGAUUGGAAUGCGAGGCUGAAGAUUGCUCUUGGUGCUGCUCGAGGUCUAGCAUAUCUGCAUGAGGAUUCAAGCCCUCGUGUCAUACAUCGUGAUUUCAAAGCCAGCAACAUCUUGUUGGAAUAUGACUUCACUCCCAAAGUGUCUGAUUUUGGCCUAGCCAGAACAGCUCGAGACGAGGAAAACGAGCACAUUUCAACACGUGUUAUGGGAACUUUCGGUUAUGUAGCACCGGAAUAUGCAAUGACGGGGCAUCUUCUUGUCAAAAGUGAUGUUUACAGCUAUGGUGUUGUCCUCCUUGAGCUCCUAACAGGAAGGAAGCCAGUUGACAUGUUGCGACCUCCAGGACAAGAAAAUCUAGUGACAUGGGCUCGUCCCCAUCUCACUAGCCAGGGUGGAUUAGAGAGUAUCAUAGAUCCAUCUCUUGGCACCAUUCCAUUUGACAGUGUGGCAAAAGUGGCAGCCAUUGCUUCAAUGUGUGUUCAGCCUGAAGUUAAUCAGCGUCCAUUCAUGGGCGAGGUAGUUCAAGCCUUAAAAUUAGUCUGCAAUGAGGGUGAUGAGCAUAGAGGAUCAGGAAGCUGCAGCCAGGAGGAGAUAUCUACACGGGAUAUGGAAAUAAGGAUCAGUACAGGGUUGGAUCUGGAAUCGGAGAGGGUGACUUGGGCAUCUGAUAUAUUCAGCACAUUAGCAAGGUUUACGAGGGAUGUUUCUGGAUCUUUCCGAAGGUAUUCAAGCUCAGGCCCUCUCAGAACAGGUAGGAGGGGGCAGUUUUGGCAUAGACUGAGAGGCUUGUCAUCAGGAAGUGCGAGUGAGCAUGGGAGGUGUAGCACAGGUUUUGUGAGCAGUGAUCAGUGGGUGUAGGAAUACUUGGUUCCUUUUCAUCGCCGCUGAAGAGAUCCAUCAACAGAACCAUCCUGGCAUCUGACCAUGCUCUAGACGAGUACGUUUCAAGGAGUCCAAAAGGGUUCAGAAGGCUCUUGUUCAUCAAAUGGAAGCAGCAAUCCCUGAGAAACCGGAGAAGUUCGUGGUGUGGGUGGAUAAAGAUGGGAAAAGUUUGCAGCUUAUUUUCUUGAAAGAUAAACAUGACUGAAACAAGAAGCAUCAUUCUUUUGGGCAUAAACAGUAAUCUGACUAAUGGAGCUGCUAUGUUCGAAGAAGCUUCAUUGUUAUCCUGAAUAAGAUAAUCGUGAGGAUUCAAUUAGUAUUCUAUUGCCCGAUGGUAAUGUACAUUAUUGAUACAUUUUUGCUUCUCCAGAUUGGAAU